GCAUUCCUAUAGGCUGCUAGCAGCUGCAGCAGCUGGUCUACAGCAGCAGCUGCAGCAGCAGCAGCAGCAGAAAGAGCUGCAGCAGCAACUGCAGCAGCAAGUUACCUGGUGUCUUUGCCCUCUUUCCAUUCCGCUUUUUAGAGAUGACGAACGUUGCCCGAGAGCUUUUAAAGAAGCAGUUCAUCGAACUCUCCCGCGACGCCCCCAGCGGCUGCUCCGUGGGCCUCGACGACGACUCCAACUUCUUCAGCUGGCGCGUUGUAGGGAGGCGGGGCAGGGGGAGAGGUUUGCGCGUAGAACUCUCCCGCGACGCCCCCAGCGGCUGCUCCGUGGGCCUCGACGACGACUCCAACUUCUUCAGCUGGCGCGUUUGCUUCGAAGGCCCUCCAGACACUUUUUACGAGGGCGGCAUUUUCGGGGCUUCUCUGCGUUUCCCCCAGGACUUCCCCAACAGCCCCCCGGAGAUGAUUUUCGAGCAGGACAUGUGGCACCCGAAUG